AUGCCUAUCAAAGUCAACGACUCAAAUUCCGACCUGUCCAGCAAUGGCAGCAGCAGCGGUGACCAGGUCGUCGUUGUUCCUAACAUUCGAGGGUCCAAUGCCGGUCCGCGAAAGUCACAUCCCCCGGUCAUCGUACACAACGGCGGCGGUCAGACGUAUGAUGAGACGAGGCCGUCUGACUGGGACAGACAGCGCUGGAAGUAG